AUGGCCCGCCACCGUACAUCUUUCCUGGCUGACAUCGUGCCCCACGAUGUCAUGUCUGGGUUCCGGUUCGUGGAUCCUCAUAUUCACCCGAUCUCUCAAAUUUUCAAUGAGAGCAACACCAAAUCCCUCAACACUGCAGAGGCAGGUUUGCCCGAACUAACUGCAUCCAUCAAGGGUGUCAUCUUACUGACCGCCAAGUCGGACCAGGCGUCUGAAUCACGCAGAGAAACUGAUGCGCUCCGUCACCUUGAAUUAAGUGCUGAGGGACUGAUUCGCCGCGCAAGCCCUGUAGCCUCCACUGAAACUCCAGAGACGCGAUAUGGACCGGCAGGCAAUGAGCAGUCCAACGAUCCUAGUCCGGCUGAAUGCAGCAACGCUGAGGACUACGAAUUUGAUGAAUCACAGGAUUUUGAUAAUACAACUGAUGGCAUGGGAUCUCUCGUUACUGAACCUGGAAAGGUCGGGUAUACAGGUCCUCAAUCUGGCGUUGCUGCGUUGAAGUUCUUACAAACUCUACAUCUGUACACACCCUCUGAUCACCCAAGACCAAUCCCACUAGACGAACCUGAUACGCGUAGUACAUCACAGGCUUCAUCAGCUGAUAUAUCACACUAUGUAAACGAUUAUUUCAACAUUUAUCAUACGUCUUAUCCCAUCCUUCAUGAGGGCACUUUCCGUGCUCGUCUCUCCGGGGCAUUCGUCGGGGGCACUGAUACUUCAAAUAAUGAUGUCCCAUUCUACAAAAUUGCUCGCCAAAGCCUCACCAUGGAUAUUUUGGAGAAAGGGUCCCUAAGCUACGUCCAAGGCUUGAUCCUCAGGUCCAAUUAUCUGCAAAAGCGAAAUAAACCCAAUUCAGGCUUUGUGCUCAUCGGAAUUGGAUGGAGCAUGGCAUUGGCAAUUGGUCUCCAUCGGGAAUUCGGUUUACCAAGCUCGGGUCCCUUCACCAUGGAAAUUCGUCGAAGAGUGUGGUGGACAUUAUUUGUGUUUGUCCCUGGGGCGCAACUGACCCUUGGAAACUUGCGAAGAUGA